UGUAUCUCUCUAACAGGUCUCUCUCCCCAACAUGUCUCUCUCUCUCUAGCGUCUUUCUCUCGCUCUCUCUCUCUCGCUCUCUCUCUCAGACCACUCUGUUCGGCGGUUCUCGUUUCUCCUUCGACGGUUUCGGCGUUCAAUUUCGAGAACUACGUCAGUUUAUUUGGAAGAGAAACAAUGGCAUCCAUUCAUGGUACCGAUCAAACUGAUGUUGCAUCUGAACCAAAGCUUGUACAAGCAGGACAAGCAGUCGCAGAUGUGAUAAGGGAGAGUGUUGAGACACGCGACAAGAUUCUGUCCCACAAGAAUCAUCUAAUAGAGAACCAUCCUGAGAUUAGUUGUAGUCAGCUUAGAGCAAUGAAAGUUCUGAACUCCUUGUCUGCUAUAAGAAUGUGGUCUUCUUUGUACAAAGUCUCGAUUAAACACCUCAAGGAAGAUCCUGCAAAUCGUCAAACUUUCUUGUCUUAUGGAGAUGAUGAGAACAAAGUUCUUUAUUUGGAGUAUGCAACAGGUGAAAGCAGAGAUGCAUGAAGAGAUGUUUAUGUUCAUGUUUUAGUUUAGUAUAAUCUUAUGAAUCAUGUUUAAGACUCGUUAUGUUUAUGACUUUUGUAAUGCUUAUAUGCUUUUCAAGUUAAAAGAACGUUGGAAAUUUAAUUAAGUUAAAAGUU